AAUGGCAGCGCAGUUUACAUACUGUUUCCGGAAGAGCUCCUGAGUGCAGGUGGAAGCAGCUGAGGGUGUUGGGGAGGAGAGGAGACUCGCAGUGCACGAUUUCAUCCUCAAAACUUCAUCCAGAGGAUGGCCUCUGCAGAUGUAGAGGAUUCACUAACACACGAUGAUGGAUCUGACAGUGCACAGCUUUCUGAAAAUGAGUCAAAACCAAGAACCAGGACGUCCCUGCUGGACAGCACCGAGGAGUUUGAGAUCAUUGACAGCACUGGAGAAGAUGAUGACCUGAGUGAUCUUCCACUAUUGGAAACUGUUGAGGGCCAAGAAAAUGGGAAAAUGCCGAAUGAAGAAAAAGAGGAAAAGUCCACUGAUGAAUUUCAAAAUGAACAAGACGACUGGAUAGAUAUAUUAGGUAACGGUGCCCUGAGAAAGAAAGUUCUGAUCAAGGGUCAGGGAGCAGAGAGCAGACCGAAUAAAGGGCAAGAUGUCACAGUGAAGCUGAAGACUAGUCUGGAGAAUGGCAGCGUUGCUGAAGAACAUGUCAACCUCAUGUUUACUUUGGGAGAUGGUGAUGUCAUGCAGUGCAUGGAUCUGUGUGUGCAGCUCAUGGAGCUUGGAGAGACUGCGUUAAUUGAGGCACAUGCUAAGUAUUGCUAUGGAAAGCAAGGAAGGAAUCCCAAUAUUCCACCCAAUGCCGGUCUUGUUCUUGAGGUAUCCCUUCUUGAAGUGAAAGAUGGGCCAGACCUUGAACUUCUUACUGGACAACAGAAGCUGGAUUUGGCCAACAAGAAGCGGGAACGUGGAAACUUCUACUAUCAGCAAGCAGAUUUUGUAUUUGCAAUAAAUUCCUAUGACCUAGCCCUGAAGAUCGUAAAUUCCAGCUCUAAAGUUGACUUUACACCAGAAGAAGAAGCUGAAUUACUAGAUGUCAAGAUGAAGUGUCUGAACAACCUGGCUGCUUCCCAGCUUAAACUUGAUCACUUUGAGGCUGCAUUAAAGUCUUGUAAUAUGGUCUUGGAGCAACAACCUGAAAAUAUCAAGGCUUUGUUUAGAAAGGGAAAGGUAUUGGCCCAGCAAGGAGAGUAUAGUGACGCUAUAGCCAUCUUAAGGAAAGCACUGAAACUGGAACCUACAAACAAGACAAUCCAUGCUGAGCUCUCCAAGCUUGUCAAGAAGCAUGCUGACCAGAAGAAUGUAGAAACUGCCAUGUACAAGAAGAUGCUGGGAAAUGUAGCUAGCACCACCAAGUCAUCCUCCAAGACUUCUUGGUCUAUCUCUUGGAAGUGGCUUUUUGGGGCAACAGCCAUAGCAAUAGGGGGUGUAGCCCUUUCAGUUGUGAUAGCGGCCCGCAAUUAAGUAACCAUAAUGUGCUCAUGAGGAUGGAAGCCAUUUUGUGAGAGAAGAUCUAAAGGCAUCAACAAGUCUCACUCUACCCAGAAAUUUCUUUCCAAGGUGCAGUGUACAAUCUGAAAUAUAUUGUAUGUAAUAUUCAUAUAUAUAUAUUUUCUUAACAAAUGGAUACACAUUUUCUCUUCAAUUACUGUGAAAAGGAGUACUCUUUUAUGGAGUAGGAUAGAAGCGAUAAGAUUGCACGCAAAAUUGGCUGCUGUUUAAACUUUUAUUAUGGAUUCUGUUAUGUGCACUGUAGUACUAAACUGGACAGAGACUAUCUUCAGACAGGUAUCCGAACCUUAAAUUGUAUUUAUAUUAACCUCAUGUCCUUUCAAAUGCAUUUUCCAAAAAUGUUUUCAAGUAUGUCUGCAGCUAAACACUGCUUAGACCAUUGUUCUCCUAUUAUCUACAGUGUUCGGCAAGCAUUGUUAAUGAGCUAUUUUUUGUCAUACAUCACUUCUAAAUGACCUGCAGCUUAUAAGUUUAACCGGUUGACUUGUUUGACUACAUUAUGGAACAUUAAACAAAUGUGGGCAUUUUUUGUUAACUGAUUUCAAUACUUGCUAAUCCUGUAAACCAGAAGUUUGUUCAAGUUUGGGUAAAUGUUAACUGGUUAGUAGGAAGUACAGCACAAGUUAAAUAAAUAUGGGAGUCCGGUUUUGAGGAUGUUCAGGUUUCCUGAGUAAUGUGUUCUGCAUGAACUGUAGAUUAAUGUCUGAGCAUGUCAGUUUUUUAUGUGAAGAACCUUUUCCUCCAUGUAAUGUACUUAUUACAUUGGAAGCUUUGCAACAUGAGGACCAGAAGCACAUUUAGUGGACCACAGAGGCUACCUACAUUCUUCCUCCAAUUUAUGAAAUGAUCUCUUUUAGAAUGAAUCUCAACCGUUUUUGUUUAUAUAUGCUACAGUGGGGACCAUCCAUAAACUCUGGCAGUCUCUUCAGGAUCACCAUUGUACUCUUCUUCGCUAAUUGGUGAAAAUGAUUUUCAGUUUGUGUCCAUUUUAAAAUGUGAUGCUAUUUCUACUACAUUUAAUUCUCGGGCAGAUAUAGAUGCAUUGCCAUGUGUGAGGCAAUUCGGAAAAAAAAUAUUGUUUCUAUUCGUUAGGCUUUUCAGGCUAAAGCCAUUUAUGUUAAAUCAAGGACCUUGUACCAGAAGAUGCCUGUUAUAUUAUAUUAUAUUAUAAAAAUUAGUAGAGGUAUUUAACUAGAGAUCAUCUUGUAUUUGGAUCAUUAUUGUCAAUAUGUUGGGAUUUUGCUGCCCCAUACUGUGCAAUGACGCAGCAUUCAAAGUAGCAAGGUUGUGUAGCAGAUAUCAAAAAAUGUGAAAUAAAUGAGUAGAAGAGCAACUAGGAAAAAGGCAAUGCUUUGUCAUGCAUGGAGUGUUGGCCAGGUUUUGAUGAAAAGCACUUCCACCUAUGUUCCAACAACAUGGUCUGUUUAAGAGCACUUAGUCACUGGAGCUGGUGAUUAUUGGUACAUGCACUAAUGACUCUUUUUAGAGCUUUUAAAGCAUAUGUCGAUCUAAAGAAAAUAUAUUGUUUUAAUUUUACUGGUGAAUAAAGAUGAUUACAUUGUUUACUCA